AUGAGUUACAAUCAGAAUCAUCGACGAUUUAAUGGAAACCCAAAUCACUUUCAACAAGAUCGAUCUCGGCUUCAACAAACCUAUCAGGACUAUAAUUUCUUCAUGACUCCUCCGCCAGUUCCACCCAAUUUAGGUCCUCCGAUAAAUGAGAAUCGAAGGGAACCGAGACGAAGCGAUCAAAGAGAAUAUCGUAAUAUUCAAGGAUAUCAGAAUAAUCGACAUUCUGACAACCGGCAUUCUGACAAUAGGAAUGUUUUGAAAUGGGGGAACAGCGAGCAGGACAGUCGAAAAAGAAGGCAUGACAACUCUCGUUUCAAUGUAAGUGGAAUAAUUUGUAGUGUUUAUUUUUAGGCAUCAUAUUCCUCCAGCAGAAGCAGCUUUGGUGUAAAUAGAGAUCAAGACGAUGGGAGCCGACGUCAAAGCUAUCAAAAGCAACAAUCUAUCCAAGAGUAAGUUUCAUUCGGAAAAUAAUUUUUACUUCUUUAGCAAACCAGCUGAAUUUGAUCAUCCAUUUGAGUCUGAAGUCGAAUGUUCCGAUGAUGAGCUUAGGUAUUACCUUGGAAUUACAAAAGAUGAAGUGCCAGUUUAUGUUUUAAGAAUGAGAAAAAUGGGGGCUGAUGGAUAUCCUCCGGCAUUUGUCGAUGAGUAUGUACUGUGCUAUCCAUUAGAAUCGAUUGUUUAGGUGUGUAAAAGUGAGCAACACUCUUCCCUUUUUUGGCGACGAACAGAUUUACACAAAGAGGAUAAUAAAGACAUCCGAUUUGACGCCAAUCAGGGGCUACACUCAUGUUGAAGGCGAAGAUGUUGCCCCUGAGUUUGUAUCAUAUAUGCAGAAAGUAGCUGAUGUAGAUUACGAGAAAAGUCAUAGCGAAGUCAUCAAGAAGGCUAGGAGAUCCGGCCUAGACUUGGAUAAGAGUCGUCUGGAGAUUGUGGAAGAGAAACAGAUUACGGGUACCUUUUUCAUUCAAUAUUUUUUAGAAUUUUUAUUGGCUCAAUAAGUUUGGUUUAGAAACAAUACGGUUUGAUAUACCAGAUUACAAAUUGAGUGAAGACGAAGGAUAUGCCCUCGGCGAGAAUACGAAGGGAAUGAAACACAAUUUGGAUGGAUUCAGGGAUGGUAAGCAAUUAUUUUUAUUGAUAAGUUGUCUUCUUGUAGUGGACGUAUAUCAAUUUAUUUCAGGUAUCCAACCUUUCGUCGCCUCUGAACCCAACACUCCAUCCAAUUUCAUGUCGAAAUUGAGAAAUCUGAUGAGUAAAAUCGAGCCUAAUGAGUCAACCGAGAGCCUCCCCAGUCCAUUAAAUGACCUGAUCUAA